UCUUCUUUUUAAGAAACUCUAUCCCUCGUAUAUUUAUUCCAAUGGAAAAGGAAGCAUCUAUAUUCCUUCUUCCGGCGUAGUUAACUAAACCCCUAAAAACCCCAUCUCAGUGCCGCAAGCGCUGCUCACUCCCAUUUCAGAGCGAUCAAAAUGGCAGCAAAGAAAGCAUGGAGAAUCAUUCCGAGACCCCUCCUAGAAACCAUCCUCAACAACCACGUGCAGCACCACCGCGUCCCUCAACUCCUCCUUCUUCACGGCCCCAGAGGCGUUGGCAAAACCACCCUCAUUAACCAACGUUUACUCCCAGAAUGGAACAAAGGCCCUCACAUCACCGGUUAUGUCGACUUUGCCGAAUCCAUCAAAGCCCAUCACGGCCCGUGGGCCUCGUGGUCCACCUGCCCUUUGCCGGUCCUCUCCGAAUGCCGCAAAACCCUUGAGCAAUGCCUGGAGUCCAUGGCCGAGAAGGGCGUCCGUGCAGGCACCAUCACCUCCCAACAAAUAUUCGCUACCCUCAACAAAUGGCACGGCCUGACCACCGCCCUCCGCCGUGUGCUGCAGGGCAAGUCCCGUGUUCCGGACCGGGCUUCCCCGUUGGUGUUAUGGGACCGCGCUGUGUUCGCCAUGUCUGGUCAAUGCACUGCUUCUGAGGUUCGCCGGAUAUGGGGACUUGGGGAGAAGGAGAAGAAUGACUUUUCCUCUGAGGAGGCUUCUUACUUGAAGGAGUCGGUUGCAGCACUGAAACUUGCAAAGAAGGUAAUCGCAGUUCAGCAAGGAUGGAGGGCCAAUGCCAUUGCUCACAUGAAUCGGAUUGGCACGUUCUCGAGGACUUUAACACAUUCUUGUACUGAUUGGCCUUGCUUGUUGCUGGAGUUGUUGUCACAAGCUGCUGAAAUUGAUCAUUUUCAGCCAAAGCUGGUCAUUAACAACAUUGAAGUUCUUAAGCAUGCCGCUGAAAAUGAUGAGUCUUCAGUCAGUGGACCCCUGUAUCAUGAUAGUCUGGUAUGGAGAAUAAUGGCUUUGGGUGCAGAUAAGCUUUGUCUACCUGUUAUCUUGGUGACAUCUGAUAGUUACUAUUCAUAUGAAGCUUUCUUGGAGUUUGGAUAUAUGGAGAUAUUUAUCUCACGUGAGACAUUUGGAUGGACUCCACAAGAAGCCAAAAUGCAUUUGGUCACUGACUAUUUUAGUCAUUCAGAAUGGAAAGUGAUUGCUGAGGUACUUGGGCCAAACCCUCGACAUCUAUUUGAACUUUAUGCACUUAAACAAAGCAAUUAUUACCAGAAACCAACAGAAGACAAGGCUAGUACUUUUGUGGACAUCGUAGAUGCAUAUAUAGCAUACUUGCAAAUUACUGUUGUGAACCCUGCUUUGGAUGAAGCAUUGGAGAUCUUGCAAAAAUUUGCAGUUGAUGUAUACAAUGGAAAGGUUUCAGAAGACAGAUUACGUUUUGGUGCACCAUGGAGGCAUCCGCCACAAAUUGACGACCCUAAGUUGCGCAUGGAAUGGGCAAAACUUCAGUUAAUGGAUUUUGUUCAGUCUUUGGCCAAUACAGAAUUUGGGGUCAAUUACCGAAUUGAUUAUAGUGAAGAAAUCUUUGAUGAUCCAUCCACUUUUGCAUUGUUACAGGUGGGUUUGCUUUAUGCUCAACGGGAUCCACCAUUCCUUCGUCCCAUAUCUAAGGGGAUACAGAGGUGUCUAGUGAGAUGGCUUGCACAGCAGUGGAUGCAGCUGAAUUUUCACAACUGGAUUCAUUUUGUGUGGCACAGAAUGAUACGCGGACGCUAUUAUCGCCAUUUGAUGGUACAAAGAGCAUGAAAGUAGGUCAAUUACUGAUAGGAGAUCCAGUUUGAGAUAUUGUCCCUUUCUUGGAGGAAACUUAUAUCUUGGAGAAGUAAAACACAAAAUGUUGUAGCUCGAUCUAGUGCUGAAGCUGAAUCGAGCUAUGGCACAAGGUAUUUUGUGAAUUGUUUUGGUUGAAAAUCAUCAUAGAAGAGAUUGAAUGGGAUGGACCUAUGAAGCUCUACUGUGAUCAUAAGUCAGCUUAGCUUAGUUCAGAAUCCUGUUCAGCAUGAUCAAACAUAACACAUUGAAGUGGAUACACAUUUUAUCAACAAAAAGCUAGAUAGUGGUUUGAUUUUGUACUCUAUAUGUAACUUCACAAUGCCAACUUGCAGAUGUUCUUACUAAAGGAUUGUGCAUUCCAGAUUUUGAAAAAUAAUAUGCAUGUUGGGAAUGGAGAACAUCUAUUCUUUGGCUUGAGGGGGAGUGUUGGAAAUAUGAGUAUUUAAUGUUUAUUACUUUUCCAACUAGCCUAGAAUUUUGUUGAGUGCAAUGUAUCUUGGGAAGUUGUCAUAUUUUAAUUGUUCUCUUGAAAAUAGUAGUUAUUUACUAUCUAUGUAACCAUUCUGAUUAUAAAUAAAUCAAUCUUCUGGGGGGAAGAAUUACUCAAGCAUAUUCAGGAAAAUACAGUCUUUGUUUUUCUCUUCAUAAAUUAUGUUUCUAUCUUCUCACACGCUUUAAAGAUGA